CCGGAUGUAAUUGUCAUUCAUUACUUCCCUGAUUGAUAUAUAAACUUAAAGCUGUUGUAGAUUGCAAGUGAAGUGAUAUUUCAGAUUUACAUGCUGUAGAACUGGCCUUACUCUGCAGAUAAUUACAUAUGCAUUGUUCUUAUUCCUUUGGUUGCUUAUGCUGAAUUGUUGACGGCACUGUUAAAUUUCUGGUCUCCUUUCCACAAAGCUCUGGCUUCUAGGAUGCUUGGCCUGUUUUAGGUUGCAGUAUGGUUAUGCCAGCAUUUUCUUACCUCACUGUCGACUGUGAAGCAAGUAGCACUCUAGUUCUUCUAUAAAAAAUCUACUUUUCAAGAUUAUAUGCUAAGUUCGCUGGUCUUUACACGUAGUUUCUUGUCAUUUUACAUGCAGUUUCAUGUCAUUUUACACGCAGUUUCAUGUAAAUAUCAUUUUAUUAUCUAAGUCUUAUCUGGACCAACAAAUCAUUGAUAAUAUAUCUAAGUCUUAUCCUAUCUGCUAGAUAAUGGGCUCUAGGAAUGAGAUUAUGGAAUAUAGGAAGGAGAGAAUUGGGAAAUUCAUGCAGAUGGAAGAAGAGGAUGAUGAACUAUUUUUUGUAAUUGUUCCUGCCAUACUUCAAGGUCUAAAUGAUGAAAAAAGGCCAGUACAUACUUCACAAUAUACUGGUGCUAAAAAGAUGAAAGAAAUUCUUAAGGAGCAUGAGAGUUGGUGUAGGUCAGAGUUCCGCAUGGAGCCGGAGAUAUUUAAGGCUACAUCAAAUUAUCUUAGGCGGGAGGGUCUACUUCGUGACACACGUGGUGUUAGAGUUGAGGAGCAACUGAGAAUGUUUAUGUUCAUGAUCUCGCACAAUGCUAGCAAUGAAAGGAUGCAAAAGGCAUUUCAACAUAGUGGUGAAAUGAUCCACAGGCACAUAAAGGUAUUUUUUGAUAUAAUUCCUACUCUCACCCACAAAUUCCUGAAGCUUCCUAGUUCCAACCAAACUCACCCCAAGAUUGUAUUGGACCCUCGAUUUUGGCCAUUCUUUAAGAAUUGCAUUGGUGCCAUCAACGGCACCCAUGUCCCAAUCACUAUUGCAGAAGAUAAAGCCCCCCCCCCCUCGUAUAGGAAUAGGAAAGGCACACUAUCGCAGAAUGUGAUGGUAGUGUGCGACUUCAAUUUAAACUUCACAUUUAUCUCAUGCGGGUGGGAAGGGUCUGCAUCAGAUGCUGGAGUCCUUAGGUCAGCUAUUACCAUGGGGUUUCACGUGCCAGAGGGCAAAUUCUAUCUUGUAGAUGGUGGGUAUGCAAACACACCAUCAUUCCUCGUGCCUUAUCGUGGAGUUCAGUACCACCUCAGUGAGUUUAGAAGGCGGCGCUCAUCCCAAAGAAGGGAAUAUGCAGAUCACAAGGAGCUAUUCAACCACCGCCAUGCAAUUCUCAGAAACCAUAUUGAGAGGGCUAUUGGGGUUCUAAAGAAGCGGUUUCAAAUUCUGAAAGUGGGUACACAUCAUCCCAUAGAAUCUCAGCUAAAGAUUCCAGCUGCAGCAGCGGUAUUUCAUAACAUAAUUAGAGGCCUAAAUGGAGAUGAGGAUUGGUUGGAUCACCAACCUACUUAUAUCCCACAAAUUGAUUAUGUUGAUCUGCCAGAGGGAGAUGACAACUAUCAAAAUGAUGUGGAGUCAAUGAGCUUACAAAUUGAUGAUGGGACUGUUCUUCGAGAUCAAAUUGCUAUGCAGAUGUGGGACCAAUACAAUCAAAACCGGGCAUGA